UCUGGUCAAAUUAUAGUUGAUUUUGAAAUAAUACUAGAAAAGAAUAGGGUCAUAUUUCAUGGUCCUCCAACCUCUAAUAAAUCACGGACGGUAAGGGGGAAAGUUAAAUUAGAAGUUGCUGGAAAGUUAAACGUGAAGGAAAUCAUGUUAACCUUGUCCGGUGACUUUAGAUUUUGUAAAACAAAUAAUGGUUCAACCAUAAAUGACGCCACUAUUCCACGUCAAGGAACUGUGUUUUCAACGUGUAUACUAUUAGUAAAUAAACGAACCCUUUAUCCAGGUCUUCAUGAAUUCUUUUUCGAAUUUCUCAUUCCAGGUGAUUUACCGGAAUCAAUUAGCUCGGAUCACGUGUUAUGCGAGUAUUUCCUGAAGGCCGAACUUACUCCACGCGAAACCGACGAAUUAAAUUCUCUUAAUAAAGUUGUAGAUAUCGUAGAUAUCUUUGUGGAACGUGCUAUGCUAUUGAAUGAUGAAUAUAUCACACGUGGUCUUGAGGCUAAAAGAUAUAUUGGUUCGAAAAAAAAUGUUCUUGAUUUCGAAUUUAUCGUGCCAAAAAUCAUACGUCUCAACUCUGAUGCUCUUAGAUUUCAUGCUCGGUGGGAUGGUCAGCGUGUUGCCAACGUUACUUUUAGCUUUGUUCAAAGCGAAUGUCUGAAAGCUUCUCUUCCUGAAACUGAUAUAGAAGAUUCUAGUCCUCCAACUGUAAUUGAUUCUGCUACAAAGGUUAUCUCUGGCCCUUUUCGCUUUGAUCUACCGCGAAAUGAACGUUUAAAAUUACAAUGUAGACCAAUGGUUUUUCAACUUCCUAUUACCGAGCCUCUCGUACAUGAUUAUGAUUUAUUUGGAAUAGAAAUUCGUCAUCGUUUAGUCAUUUCAAUUCAAUUAGCAAAUCGUCAUAAAGAUAUUAUUCGUUUCGUUGUUCCUAUCACUGUUGAAUCUAUAGUUCCAAAUUUGGAUUCUUCUCCAAGUCCUUGUAAAGUUUGUCAAACUUCUCAAUCUGCCUUACUUCAUUUUGCAAACAAAAUUUUUCAUGGUCAUUUAUUGGAAUUGGAUUCAAAUAAGAAUCUUUCAAUUAAAGAUUCUAAAAAGAAUCAACCACACAAUCAACCUUCAUCUUCUCCUCAAAUUCCUAUUAACGAAGAAAAUGUACAGCGGAUUGUUCCCUCAAGUACUAUUACUGAAAGUGAUGAUGAUGAAACUGAUAAGAUUAGUUCGGAAAAAACUGGUACAACGACCGCCACUACAGCUACCUACAUCAAUCCCGUUGAAAAUUCUCAGCAAGCUUUCCCUCAAAAAGUUUCUUCAAGACCAUUACUUGCUGCUACUUCUGGAAAUAUCGUUGCUGAUAAAUUUGCAAAAUUACAAUAUAUUUUGCAACUAAGACGCCGUCGAAGAUCUAUGACUGUGAAAAAUCGUUCUUCAUC